AUGGCUGCCAAAAUUUUCCCCAACGGCAUCAGAACUGUGAGAUUUAAUCUUGAUCCAUUCAAUGAACAUAAUGAUGCUGACCUAUGGGAGGCUUUGGAGAGGGCACAUCUAAAGGAUGUUAUCAGGAGGAAUUCUUUGGGGCUGGAUGCUGAGGUCUCAGAGGCAGGGGAGAAUUUCAGCGUUGGACAAAGGCAACUAUUAAGUCUUGCUCGAGCAUUGCUUCGGAGAUCAAAGAUUCUCGUUCUUGAUGAAGCAACAGCCGCUGUUGAUGUUAGAACUGAUGCUCUUAUCCAAAAGACCAUUCGAGAAGAAUUUAGAUCAUGCACAAUGCUCAUUAUUGCUCAUCGUUUAAAUACCAUCAUUGACUGUGACCGAAUUCUUCUGCUUGAUGCUGGCCGUGUUUUGGAAUAUAAUACCCCAGAGGAACUGUUGCAAAAGGAAGAAAGUGCUUUCUCUAAGAUGGUUCAAAGUACAGGGGCAGCGAAUGCUGAGUACUUGCGCAGCUUAGUACUUGGAGGAGAGGAGAAGUUGGAGAGAGAAGAGACCAAACGGCUAGAUGGGCAAAGGAGAUGGCUUGCCUCUUCCCGCUGGGCUGCUGUUGCCCAGUUUGCGGUCGCUGUUAACCUCACUUCAUCCCAAAAUGAUCUUGUACGAUUGGAAAUUGAAGAUGAGGACAAUAUUCUCAAGAAAACAAAGGAUGCAGUAAUAACUCUGCAGGGAGUUUUGGAGGGGAAGCAUGAUAAGGUUAUUGAAGAGACCCUUGAUCAGUACCAGGUUCCCAGACACAGAUGGUGGUCAGCUCUAUACAAAAUGAUUGAAGGCCUUGCAGUGAUGAGUAAGCUGGCUCCAAAUAGGCUUCUCCAAUCGGAAUUUGAUUUUAAAGACCAUUCGAUUGACCGGGACCUUGUCGAUAUGUGAAAGAGCAUUCUUUGGUCCAUGCAUCUACACAGGGUUGACAGCUACUCAAUUUGCCCUACCAUCGGAUAUAUGCAAGACAGUGCCGACCCUUAUGUCCAGAUAAAAGAACAAGAAGCUUUAGCCUGAUGUACAAUAUGAUCUCUAUUCUGCAGUAAGUUUGGAUGCUGCUGUCGGAUUUACUGGCUGCUUAAGAGAUAGCCUGCUUAUGACAAUAUAUUUUCACAAGCUCUAACUGUGUAGAUAACCAUCAUGUGUUUGUAAUGCAUCUUCUGGACUAUACGUAAAAUUUGGAAACUUCAUAUUUUGGUUCAACGGUCAGAGACGUUUGAGUUAAUUUCCGUCCACUUCAACUAAUCCCCUCUCUGAUAAUUCCUUUUCCGGUCCUGUCAAAGACAGACUAUCUACAUUGGGACCUCAUGAUCUAACUCCAAGAGAUUGUCAAUAUUUGAAUUCAGG